AGAAAGUGAGAUAAAUUUCCACAAUCUCCUCUACUUUAAUAUCUAUAUCUUCUUUCACGAUAAACCCUGAUCUUCGAAGAAAGAUCACAUACGGUUGUUAUAUAAACCAGACAAAGCUUUGCUUGAAGAAACAGAGCAGAAACAGAACACGUUUUUUCUUUUGUCUUUUAAGAUGGCAAGAAGACAACUCUUUCAACUUCGAAUUUUCUUGGUUUUAGCUUUUCUGUCUCUUUUGAUCGUCUUGAAGCCUGUCCUAGUUACCCCAAGAGCUGAGAAACCAAUAGACUCUAAAACCAAGGGACAAAAACUCAAUGAGAUUAUCCACCUGAGAAGAAUUGAAAGCGGUCCUAGGAGAAGAGCAAGGACACGGAGGUUGAUGAAUGUUGAGGAGAUAAACGAUUAUCCAGGGUCAGGCCCUAACAACCGCCACACUCCUCGGUCAUAUUGUCCUGAUUGCUAGUUAUAUUUUCUUGUAAUUUAGAGCACCUAUAAAAAUUGUAAUAUUCACUAUGUUAUAUGAUAUGUAUCAAGAUUUAACAUGAUGUAAUCCUAAUCUAAAGGGCUUUAUGAAGAUAUCAAAUAU